UAGCCUCUAACUCCAGCUUUUACUGCUUCCGAUACAAUAUUUUAUUUUAUAAUUAUAAUAUAAAUUUUAUCUUUUCUUAAUUUUUUGUUUAAAAUUAAUUCUUUAUUUAGCUUUAAUUAUAGGAAAUAUAUAUUUAUGGUUCUUUAACAUUUUCAAUUUGCUUAGUUUCCUAAUUAUCUGCUGAAUUGAGUUCUAGAAAGCGGGAGAUUUAUUUUUCAGCUUGUAUUCGUCAGAGAUCGGAAGGUGUGUGUUUGCAAAUGCUCUGAUAGCCUGUUUCAGAAAAAAAGUUUUAUAUGAUUUUUUAAAACUUAUAUAAUUUUCUGAUGAUUUGCUGAUCUGAGUUCUAACAAGUGGGACAUUUUUCUUAUUGAAAAUAUCUUCUAAUUUGAAGCUUGGUUUAGAAGUACUCUGUCAACUUAGUUCAGAAGGUGUCAAGAAAUUCUUUGAAAAGGUGCUAUAAACUUCCAACUACCUUUCUCUCGAUUCCAAAAAAGAAGCAUGUAUUUGCCAAUUAAAAGAAAUGUCUUUAACACUACUUUGGAAAUUAGAAUAAAGGACUUUUGUACAGCUACUGAAAUGGUGAGCAUUGAGCAUGAAAUUACUUACGAAGAUUUUCAUUUCUUCAUCUCUGCUUCUGUUUUUCCCAAUGGAACUGAUAAAGAAACCGAAGGUUGGCUGGUAGUUCUUCCAAAUAUAAUAUUUAACCGCAAAUGUUCAAUGUUUAGCAACACACGCUUAUUUCAGGACGAUUGCUUUUUGUCAGGGACAGUAAGUAUUAUUGAUGUUCAAGGCGACUCCAGACUGCCCAGAUAUUUUGAAAAACCUCCUUCUAAGGUACCUUCUACCGGAACAAAAUAUUUGAAAAAAUCUUUGAUCCUUAACAGAGCAGACGAAUUGCUUAACGAAGGUAUAUUAACAUUGCUUUGCGAUAUCGAAUCUGAAUGGAAUGGCAUUACGGUUUUCUGUGCAAAUAUUGUUGAUGGUGGCAUGGAACAACAGUCUUUGACUGACUUUUUAUUCUGGAUUCCGCAGGCUCUCCACCGUAAAAAUGAUAUUGAUACAGAAGGUCAUGGCGAUACUUUCAGAGUUUAUAACUUAACGUCUCAGAUUUUUACUUCGUCAAUGCCGCAUGAUUUAAAUAUGUAUUUUGAUACUGAUGGUAUUUCUCCAGUAGUAAAGUUUCUGAAUUCUGUCAGACACUCAAACGAAGAUAAUACUGAUGUUAAGGAAUGUAUUUGGAUAUUUGAUACUUAUCCUGACAAGUUUUGCUUGUCCCUCAGCGAACAUCAGGAAAAUGUGGGAGCCCGACUUUUGAAAUCUUGCCCCGUCAUCAGACUAUGUGUAAACACUCCCAUGAAGGAACAGCAUGAGAAAUGCAUCGAUUUUUCACAUGUGGACAGCCAGACCUUCAAAAUCGUGUUAUACUACUUAGAAAAGGGAUCAUUUCCCAAUUCUAGUUUUCAAAACAUUUUGAAUGUUUAUAAAUUCUCUCACAUGUACUUAAUGGAACGAUUGCAGAAAAAAUGUGCUGAAUUCAUGGCGAAGCGGCUCGGUAAUUUUCAAAAAUCUAGAAAGCUUUUCUCUCAUAUGUAUUUAAAAUUAAAGAAUAUUGCCGAUGCAUACUCUGAUGAUUAUUUAUCAUCAAGUAUCCUGGAAUAUGAGAAUUCAGCUUCUCGGCAAUGAAUUGUAGAUACUAAAUCAGAUUCUUAUAUGCCUGGGAUGGCAUGGCGAUAAGGUCUGGCCUUCAGCUUUUGAUGAAUUGGUUCAACCAAAAAAAAAAAAAUCAUGUAUAUCUGUCAAGUGUGUGCUAAAUGUGAUGUAUAAAAUCAACCACAUUCUUUGGGUGAGUAAGAAGUAGAUGAAGGCAGGCGACGAGGGAGUGCGCUGUUAAGAAAAGUGGAAUAUAAGAAAAUUUUGGUAUUUAUAAUAUUUGCCCUCGUAUUUUGUUUUGACCCAGAAUCAAAGGAAGAGUCAUUACGGACACAUACAUUAUGGAUCACAUUUCAGUAUUCGUCCCAAUUAAUUUCUGUUCUUUGGCGAAUGGCAGAAAAACAAGAGCUCAAUUUAGGAAAUCUUUACAGCCAUUAGAUGAUGAAUAAAUGCUGCCAAAUACAAAUCGCAUGAGAAACGCGCCAGUUUCAAAUAUGAACGGACCUUCAAAAUGACUUCAUACAUCUUUAAAAAUGGAAUUGAUGAACUUUCGAUGUAUGCAAGAUGUUUCAUUUGUAUGCGUGCAUGGCCUGUAGCAGAAAUACACUAAACUAAUGAUGACAGUUUUUAAUUUAUUGCAGGAGAUGCAAGACAAUCGCUUAUUUCUUCUCAGAUUACUUUGGUGAGAAUAUGCAAGUUCCUGAUAGGAUCUGUAAUUCUAAAUUAUUGAUCUGGGUUUUUUUUUUCUAUUAAAUAAAUGUGUUGCUUUCCUCUAAUAAUGAAAUGUAUUUAUUAAUUAUUAAAUAAUAAAUUAAAUGCAUUUACUUUCUGUUAAAAAUAUUUGUUUGGUACUAUCUAUACAUAUUUCAUAUGAAUUGACAUAUUCAUACGA